AUGCUGGCGGCAUCCACCAGGGUCUGCUCUAGGCUCGCUUCUCCGCACGCCUCCUCGCCCGCCGCCGCCGCUGCUGCAGCGGCGGCGGCGGCGGCGCUGGCGAGCUCCCCCGUGCUGGGCUCCGGGAUGAGCGGCCUGGAGAGGCAGCCCGCUCCUACGGUUGCCGGGUUCGGCGACACGGGGAGGAGUCGCGGGGCCGAUGACCCGCCACCGCGGUCUUGCAGUUCGUCCGGCGAAUCGAGGGAAGGAUAUCAGUGGAAUAUAUUGCCGUACCAAAGGCAGCCGAUGCCACAUCAGCGCAAAGUGACUGCUGGAUUGAACCAUCAUGUUUCUGGUGCAAGCUGUUCCUCACUGUAUCAACAGAGUUACAGAUAUUUUUCAUCCUCUUCUGAUCAAGAGAGGAUACAGGCUGGGAACAAGCUUAUACUUGAUCUGCCAAGGUGUGUAAAAAUUGUGGAAGUUGGACCACGAGAUGGGCUGCAAAAUGAAAAGGACACUGUACCAACACCUGUAAAGGUUGAGCUUAUACGGAGACUGGCUGCCUCUGGAUUAUCCGUUGUUGAGGCAACUAGUUUUGUAUCUCCAAAAUGGGUACCACAGCUAGCUGAUGCAAAGGAUGUCAUGGAAGCAGUUCGAAAUAUUGAGGGUGUACGUCUUCCUGUAUUGACCCCAAACAUUAAGGGAUUUGAGGCAGCUAUUGCAGCAGGGGCAAAGGAAAUCGCAGUAUUUGCAUCAGCUUCUGAAGGAUUUUCGAAGUCAAACAUAAACUGCACAAUCAAAGAGAGCCUUGCCCGCUAUAAUGAUGUUGCUCUUGCUGCCAAAGAGAAAGAAAUUCCUGUCCGAGGGUACGUCUCUUGUGUGGUUGGAUGCCCAGUAGAUGGACCAGUACCACCGUCGAAUGUAGCUUAUGUAGCCAAAGAGCUUUAUGACAUGGGCUGCUAUGAGGUUUCACUUGGCGAUACCAUUGGAGUUGGUACCCCAGGCACCGUAGUUCCAAUGCUUGAGGCCGCUAUGUCCGUUGUUCCUGUGGAGAAGCUUGCUGUCCAUUUCCACGACACCUACGGGCAAUCUCUCUCAAACAUUCUCAUCUCUCUCCAGAUGGGCAUCAACGUCGUGGACUCCUCCGUCGCUGGCCUCGGCGGCUGCCCGUAUGCAAAGGGCGCAUCAGGGAAUGUCGCGACCGAGGACGUCGUGUACAUGCUCAACGGGUUGGGUAUCAGGACGGGCGUCGACCUAGGCAAGGUGAUGGCCGCCGGCGAGUUCAUCUGCAAGCACCUAGGACGCCAGUCUGGUUCCAAGGCCGCGACUGCACUGAGCAAGGUUACUGCAAAAGCCUCGAAACUCUGAGGCUUGAGAAAUUUACCAUGAUCCUCUGUUCCAGAUAAUAGCUGUAAAAUGAGCACAAGAUUGUGAAAUAAACAAUACUGUUCUGCCAUGAGGUGUCUGUUCAAGACAAAUAAAUACUAUAGCAAUGCUAUGUCACCGUAGGUGGCAUGUGCCAUCUUCAUCU